AUGGAUAAUACGCUCGCAGUCGUCCUGGAGGACGCCGGUGUCCUGAGCGAUGUCUGCGGGGCGAACGACCGCAACCUGCGGGUCCUGGAAGAGCUGCUGAACAGUCCGGUGUACUCGCAGGGCAAUCGCAUCAUGCUCGCCACCGACGAUUCGGCUACCCGCAAGACGUUCGCGGCGCUGCUCGGAGAGUUGCGCGACCGGUCACGGCUGGGGCUGGAGCCGGGACCGGAGGUGAUCCGCUCGAUCUACCGGCGCAUUGAAGAGCCGGCGGUCGCCGCCGUCCCGGAUCGGCACCUGUCGAUCCCGAAGGGACUGCGGCAGGUGGUGCCGCGCAGCGCCAAUCAGAUGCGCUAUCUCGACUUGCUCGCGAAGCGCGACUUGGUGAUCGCCGUCGGUCCGGCCGGUACAGGCAAGACCUAUCUGGCGGUAGCCGACGCGUUGCGGGCGGUGAGCAGGCACCAGCUCCGCCGGAUGGUCAUCACCCGGCCGGUGGUGGAGGCCGGUGAGAGCCUGGGCUAUCUGCCGGGCGAUGUGGAGCACAAGAUCGAGCCCUACCUGCGGCCUCUGUACGACGCCAUGCAGGCGUUACUGCCGGCCGAUGUGCUGCGCCGCAUGGAACAGGCCGGCACGAUAGAGGUCGCGCCGCUGGCCUACAUGCGCGGUCGCACGCUGGCGGACGCCUAUAUCGUCCUGGACGAGGCGCAGAACACUACGCGUGAACAGAUGAAGAUGUUCCUGACGCGCAUGGGCGAAGGCUCGCGCGUGGUGAUUACCGGGGACAUCACGCAGAUCGACCUGCCGCGGCGCCGGGACAGCGGGUUGCUGCAGAUCACCGAGCUACUGGCGCAUGUCGGCGAGAUAGGCUUUAUUUACUUCGACAGGGACGACGUGGUACGCCAUCCACUGGUACGCAAGAUCGUGCAGGCCUACGAAACGGCGCCGGCCGAUGCCGACCACCGCCCGUCUUGA